AUGCUGCAAGGGUGCACCAAAGUUGUCACGCAGUACUAUGACAGCAUAUGUGAGUUCAAAUUGAAGCUGUCAUUGUGGGAGACACAACUCGCGGGUGGUGAUGCUGCUCACUUUCCUUGUCUGAAAGAUCGUGAAUGCUCUGAUCUGCCCGUCAACAUCCAACUAGAAAUAAUAGACUUGCAGUGUGACUCAGAUUUGAAGGGCAAGUUUGCGGCAGCUGGCUUGGACACGUUUUACCAGCAUCUCUUGCCAGGUUACCCCAGCUUGACAGCCCUUGUUGCAAAAGUGUUGUGCAUGUUUGGAAUCACAUAUCUUUGUAAGCAAGUAUUCUCUGUAAUGAACAUCAACAAAACAAAGCUGCGCUCAAGGCUCACGCACAAGCACUUGAAUGACAUCCUGAAACUGGCUGCCACUCAGGAUGUGAUGCCUAAUAUUGAUGCACUUGUGAAAGCUAAAAGAUGCCAGGUUUCAGGAGUAAAAUAA